AAGAAGUUAUUCAGAGAAAGAAUUACGGCGGCACAAUUGGACGACUUAUAAGAAAGGUACCGGUGUACAUGAUUGCACUUUGGCAGCUGCUGGCGUGUGUUGUCAGAUGACAGAUUCCUGAUGUCAGGCACCGACAGGGGUCAUAGCUUUGACCAAUUAAGAUAUCUAAAUAAUAAAUGUUCACGUCGCAAAUUCACGAACUCUCCAAAAUCAACGAGAAAGCAACAACAAAAGUCCCACGUCUUUCUCGUUGCCUUUUCGUCAAAUCAUUCCUUCUGACCACCACACUUUCGAGUUCGUCCUUACCACAAAUACCAUCGCCAUGGCGGAAGAAAUGGAAAUGGACGAGCCCGGCUCUCCCCAGACCCAGGCCAAGGUCAGCGAUAUGCAAACCCACACCAAGGCCACAGCCGUGCGAUCGAUCGAGGGUUGGAUCAUCAUGGUUACCAACGUCCACGAGGAAGCCGACGAGGAGACCGUUCACGACAAGUUUGCCGACUUUGGUGAGAUUAAGAACCUCCACCUGAACUUGGACCGUCGAAGCGGUUACGUCAAGGGCUACGCCCUUAUCGAAUACGCCACUUUGGACGAGGCUCGAGCCGCCAUCGAUGGCGCUCACCAGUCUAAGCUGCUAGACCAGGCUAUCAGCGUCGACUUUGCGUUUGUACGACCACCUCCGGGUAAGGGCAAUAGGGGACCUCGACAAUCGCAUCGUGGACGGGGCCGUAGCAGAAGCCGCAGCCCAGAGGGCAACAAGGAUGGCGACAUAGAGUGAUGGGAGAACUAUGAAAGCCUCACGAUGUUUGGAUCAUAAGUGACCUUUAGUCACGUACUGGCCUUAGCCGAUAUGUCGCCAGAAUAACAAGACAUGUCGGCAUGCGAAUCGUGUUCACAUAGUCAUUCGAUGUGAACCUCCAGUGAGCAUCUGUGCCUGAUAUGAGGUUGGUACUGGCUAGGUGUAUGGCCAUGUACCAUUUGCUGGACUAACAAGAAGUUGGAAUUGUGGACAUGGGAGUUCUAUCAUGUACACAUUCAAGUCACCCAUCUUCUUUGUAUGCAGAAUGUCCUCGGUUUCGCUUUUGAGCUGUGUUAAUAUGGCCUGGCACAAAUUCAAAUCAUGAAUUA